AUGACGCAAUCAACAGUGGAACUAACCUGUGCGGCCAGUGAGAAGAAAUGCCAGGAUCACAGCUCUGCAGCAGGUCCAAUAUUAUCUAUUCCCAUUUAUCCAAACUUGUCCAUAAAUUUUCAGCCUCUAUUUGAGGGUGGUGAUGUACCUGCAAAUACUAAUCUAACUUCUUAUACGUUCUUAUCAGGGAGUAAGAGUGCAAAAAUUCAGUCGGGCAUAUUUGGAAAGGGAUCUGCUUAUUCGCGACACAAUGCCGAAAGACUUUUUAAAAAGCUGGUACUUGACAAGAUUUUGGAUGAAGACUUAUAUAUCAAUGCCAAUGACCAACCAAUUGCCUAUGUGAUGCCUGGAACAAAAGCCCAAAAUGUACUGAAUGGGCAUUUAAAGGUAGACUUUAUGGAAACAGAAAAUUCCAGCAGUGUGAAAAAACAAAAAGCUUUAGAGGCAAAGGCAAAGGUAUCUCGGAGGGAAGAGAUGGUUAAGAAAUGUCUUGGAGAACUUACAGAAGUCUGCAAAUCUCUGGGGAAAGUCUUUGGUGUCCAUUACUUCAAUAUUUUUAAUACUGUCACUCUCAAGAAGCUGGCAGAAUCUUUAUCUUCCGAUCCUGAGGUUUUGCUUCAAAUUGAUGGUGUGACAGAAGACAAACUGGAAAAAUAUGGUGCAGAAGUGAUUCCAAUAUUACAGAAAUACUCUGAGUGGACAUUGUCAGGUUCGGGAGAUACUGGGAAAGCAGCUAGCUGUCAGGUGAAGCGGUACCCUCUGGUGUUUGUCUUCAUGCAGACUGUGAACACCUACAACCAGCACAGUACUACCUGUACAACCUGCAUUGUUGUCCUUUUGUAG